AUGGAGAAUAUGAGGCAAGGUGACUGCUACCACUGUGGAGAUGCCUGGACGCUGGUGAAAAGACUGGAUGUAGAGAACACAAUGCCUCCCAAACAGAGUACAAUGUCAGUGUGUUCCCAAGAGUGGAGAGUGAAACCCACCAACAGUGACAAUGUGGGAAACCUGAUACAACCCCGGUUAGAAUGGUAUAAAAGAGAGAGCGCAGAAGACCAGCUCGUCCCACUUGGUGACCGAUCCAGCUCAGCGGCAACCUGCCAGACGAGAUCUCCGACGAGACCUCGGGAGAGACAUCAGACGCCUGCCCGGAGUGGAGCCCCGGAUCAGUGCGGAGGCAACCAGAUUGAACACUGCAAUCACCAGGAAAGGAGAAACAAAGUCGCACUCCUCAGACUUGUGCAGGUACAGGGAGUGGCAACCGGAAAUAUCUUGAGUGGAUACAUUGAAGGAGACAGAUUGGUGGUUGUCAGAAGUUGUGAGCGAAAGAGGAAUGAGGAAAAAAUACUUAACAGACUUUACCAGAUUGAGAAGUCAAGGAGACAGAGAUCUAUGAUCAAUACUGUCCUGAGCUGGAGGUCUUGCAGGCCAUAUUCAAGAAGAAACAACCUGAUGGUGAAAAAAAAAGAUGAUGGUUCUUCAAAAACUGGAGCCCAAGAUUCUCAUGCUUUCUUUAAAUCAGUCAGGAUGAGACUUUCAGUCCCUGGCCGUCCAGGAUCAAUGCGCCCUCCUCAGCCUGAAAUAGUUACAUGAAGAUGGACGGUUGGCCUUCUGCAUCCCUUAAGAUUAAGGAAUCAAAGUCUCAGGGGAGCAAAUGAGAUAGCAUAGAAGAAAUUUAAAGCAGGCAGAAAGGAGACAAUGAAAAUCAUAACUUAAAAAUUAAAACUGUAGUCUCAGGACACAAGCCUAACCACAUAAGCCUGAGCAAUUCCCUUCCAUCUGCAAAUGGGUUCAGCUACUCCCUUUUUACUUACAAAUAGUCCACUUUCACUUGUAAACAGAUCACCUUUUCACCUGUAAAGUAGGUUUUCCCCUACAGACAGACGUUUAUCUCACUGUGAGUGAGCCAUCCUCCCCUAUGCAGCAAACAGAACAAGACUACAGUGUAUCAAAUCCCACAGAUUUCCAUCUUCAAGACACUUGAGUGCGUACUAAAAUUCUGCCUCAUAAACCCUUCC